ACCAAGGAGAAAAAAAGCUUCAAAACCAAACCCAAAAGGCAAAGCAAAGCAAAGCACAACUUAACUUACCCUCUCUUUCUCAUCCGUUUCCUCGAAGCCGAAAGUUACCAAACCAAAAGCAAAAGCAAAAGAAACCCAAAAGGAAAAAAGAUACUACUACUACUAAACAGGACAAACAACAGACUUCUUUAUUUUUUUUCUCCAAUAUUAAACAUAAGAACAAACAGGAAAACUAAAAGAAGGAGAAGUUUGUCUUGGUUCUUUGCUUUGGUCAUGGCAGGUGAAGGAGUUUCAAGGGAAACCCAGAUGUCUAUAGAAGCGUCUUCAAUGUUUCCAGGGUUCAGAUUUUCACCCACUGAUGUUGAAUUGAUUUCUUACUAUUUGAAGAAGAAGCUGGAUGGCUAUGAUAAGUGUGUUGAGGUUAUUUCUGAGAUUGAAAUUUGUAGACAUGAGCCUUGGGACUUACCAGCCAAAUCAGUCAUAAAGUCAGAUAAUGAGUGGUUCUUCUUUUGUGCUCGUGGAAGGAAGUACCCAAAUGGUUCACAAAGUAGGCGGGCAACUGAGCAGGGUUAUUGGAAAGCCACAGGAAAAGAACGUAAUGUCAAGUCAGGUUCUAAUGUUAUUGGUACAAAGAGGACUCUUGUGUUCCACAUGGGUCGUGCACCAAAAGGGGAGAGGACAGAAUGGAUCAUGCAUGAAUACUGCAUGAAUGGAAAAUCCCAGGAUUCCCUAGUUGUUUGCCGCCUUAGGAAGAAUAGUGAGUUUCGUCUGAAUAACACUACAAAUCAGGCUUCUCGGAAUCAACAGGAGUUGUCAACUAUGCAUGAUAACCGUGCUACCUCAGAUGGUGGUACAGACCAGACUGGCAUGUCUGAAGGGGACAAGGCAGUUGAAUUCUAUUCCAAGAAGGUUACUAGUAGUUAUGAUUCUCAUUCUAUAGAGCAGAUUGAUUCUGCAUCUGAAUCGGAGGAAAAACAUUCAAAUGAUGUUGCACCCACAGAAUCUUCUACACCCCAAAAGGAUUCCGAUGAUGAAGAGGAUUACUUUGCUGAGAUACUGAAAGACGAUAUAAUCAAGCUUGAUGAAACUUCGUUGUCAGCAAUGCCACCUGACAGCCUGUCUAUGGUUGCCAGCACAUCUGACACUGAGAGGAGGACUCAGCAGCCAAGGCAAGAAAAUGUACCCAAUGCAUCCCCUUUCCAAGGUACAGCAAGCCGGAGAAUCAAAUUGUGGAGGCCUAAAGGAGAUAUUCUCUGUGAUGCCGCAUCAGGAAGUCUUGUUAGGGAGUUGGCGGUCGAGAAACAAAGUUCUCCAAAGAUUGAGGAGUCACCAAAAUGUUUGCUAUCAAUAUUCUCACCGAGGACUGCCAAUCUCCGGCUCAUAUAUGCAAGUUUUGUGAUUCUGACUUUGCUGGCUCUGUUUCUGUCUCUGAUAGGAGAUUCCAAGCCAGUAAAAGAUUUCAAAUAUGCUGCUUUCUACAAGAACUUCUGGCAAUGAAUGUAUGUACAUAUAUAAUCCCGUUUUACUGGGAAUUAAAAGUUUUAGAAAUAGCCAGUCAAGCUUCUGUGUUUA